GAAUAUAUAGGGGAGUGGCAAAUUAUUAUGGUUUUGUAGCAGUACAUGAAAAAUGAUUAUAGUGUAGUGCACUUCCUAAAUAAAUAAUGCUAAAUAGCAUUAGUGUUUUAUAGAAUAUAGAAAAUACUAGAGUAAAUUAUCCACAAUUAUUUGAGAAAAUAUUUCACGAAGGUCAUCGGCACCAGUUAUUUGGAUGUCGUACAAAUAGGUGACAUCAAGGACAAAUGGGGCGUUUCAUCCUUAUAGGUGGAUUCUAAUUUCUAAUGUAAUUAGGAAUGGCUCUGCCUCUGUUUUAGAUGUUGCUAAAACUGAGUAGUGGUUUUGAUGUAUUUGUGAUCUAAACAAAAUGCCUUACUUCAAAUUGAUUUUGAAAUGCUUUAAUUAGUCAAAAUUGUAGUUCAUUGUAAUCUUUGUGUUGGUUCAGUGUGUUUAAUCUAAUCUCCCUAUCCUUGGCAUUUUUUCUUCGAAAAUAUAAAAAUGUUCUAGUUGACUUCCAAUCCAAAAUGACCUGAUAUGUAGGUACACUAAUUAUUUCCACUAAAAUAUAAAACUAUAUUUUUAUAAUUUACAGUGGUGAUAAAACUGUUCUAUUGACCAAAUUUUAGGGCGAAUAUGGGUAAGUGGUCCAUCAGAUGUAAAUUUAUAAAUUAGUAUAGAUUUAUAGAUUAGUAAAUUCGGACAGAUGUUUAUAUUCAAAGAAUUGAAACAAAUAUUCAGGGAAGGCAUUUAUUCACUGCUGUAUUUAUUCUGAAAUCUCUAUUCCAGUAUAAUGUAACUAGCUGUUUUCUAGUAUAGGCCAGUGAAAAAUAAAAUAAAUAUGUAAUAUUUUUGUACUAAUUUAACAUAAAUAGUAAUUAUGGCAAAUAAUUCUGAAACAGGAAUUAUCGAUUUACUAUCUAAGUUGGAUGAAGAUAAUUUACUAUCUCUUGGAAGGACUGUUACUCAAGGACUCUUAAAAAUAAAUUCCAAAGAUGAUGCCAUAAAAGCCAUUUUGAAACAUUCACCUGAUACUUUGAGCAUAUUAAGAAGGAAAUCAGUAACCAGGGAAGUUUUGUUUUCAUAUUUGGAUGAAAAAGAUAUAGUUAUGAAGGCACCUAUAACUAAAAAUGAAUUAAUUGACAGAAUUAUGGAAUUUUGGAAUAUAAAACGUGCUGAUGUAAUAACUACAGUCAGUUGUCGAAAUAAUGAAGAAACAAUAAGUGAAACUAAACCACUAAGAGAAGACAGUAAUAGUAUAUCAGCUCUAGCAGAACAGUUUGCAGGUUGGUUCUAUUCUCUAAUGAAUGACGAAGGUGUUGGGCCUGAGAAUUUUUAUCCAGAUGCGAAAAUGAAAAUUAAUCUUCAUUCAAAUAAUGACUGUGACACUAUCGUUGUUGAAGACGAUCCAGACGGUUUGGCACAGCAAUUACUUAGGAUUAAGUUACAACAUGGUAUUUUCUUCAAUCCAAACGUUAGUAAAGAGGGUACCCAAGGAAGAAUGGAUCCCCAUGGAUUGGUAGUAGUUUUAGUUUGUGGCACACUCCAUGUGCAAAAGACAUGCGUAGGUGUUUUUGAACAGGUAUUUUCUCUAGCUAGGGACCCUUUUUGUGAUAACAAUUGGAAAAUUAAAAACUCUGAAUUGAACUUACGAAGUAAAAGUGCGGUGAUGGGACAACCACGUUUGUGUGACAGUGAAUUAACCUCAAAUUUAUUAUCUCUUCCUUCUAGCUAAAGUUAUUAAAAAUAUUAUAAAAACGGA